GUGAAGCAGAAGAUUCAGCCACCACUGGUCCAAGCGAUUUUCAGUGGCGAUCCAGAAGAGAUACGGAUGUUGAUCUACAAAACGGAGGAUGUCAACGCCUUGGAUGCUGAGAAACGAACUCCUCUUCACGUCGCAUCAUUCCUGGGGGAUGCGGACAUCAUUGAGCUUCUCAUUUUGUCAGGCGCUCGCGUCAAUGCCAAGGACAACAUGUGGCUGACUCCUCUCCAUCGAGCAGUUGCUUCAAGGAGUGAAGAAGCAGUGCAAGUAUUGAUUAAGCAUUCAGCGGAUGUCAACGCCCGGGACAAGAACUGGCAGACACCGCUACACGUGGCGGCUGCAAACAAGGCAGUGAAGUGUGCAGAAGUAAUCAUUCCUAUGCUGAGCAGCGUCAAUGUCUCCGACCGAGGCGGGCGGACAGCCUUGCACCAUGCAGCUCUGAAUGGCCACAUCGAGAUGGUAAACUUACUCUUAGCCAAAGGGGCAAACAUCAAUGCUUUUGACAAAAAGGACAGAAGAGCUCUUCACUGGGCAGCGUACAUGGGUCACCUGGAAGUUGUUGCCUUACUGAUUAACCAUGGCGCAGAGGUGACUUGUAAGGACAAGAAGGGUUACACUCCACUUCAUGCAGCUGCAUCCAAUGGGCAGAUUAAUGUAGUAAAACAUCUCCUUAAUCUGGGUGUAGAGAUUGAUGAAAUGAACAUCUAUGGAAAUACUGCACUUCACAUUGCCUGUUACAACGGUCAGGAUUCUGUUGUUAAUGAGCUGAUUGACUAUGGUGCUAAUGUAAAUCAGCCUAAUAAUAAUGGAUUCACUCCCUUGCAUUUUGCUGCUGCCUCCACUCAUGGAGCGCUGUGUCUUGAACUGCUAGUGAAUAAUGGGGCAGAUGUAAACAUUCAGAGUAAGGACGGGAAGAGUCCACUGCACAUGACAGCUGUCCACGGGAGGUUCACGCGGUCGCAGACCCUCAUUCAGAACGGAGGUGAGAUUGACUGUGUUGAUAAGGAUGGUAACACCCCUCUGCAUGUGGCUGCAAGAUACGGACAUGAGCUUCUGAUUAACACCCUCAUAACCAGCGGAGCUGAUACUGCCAAGUGUGGGAUCCACAACAUGUUCCCUUUACACUUAGCAGCGCUAAACGCUCACUCAGACUGCUGCAGGAAAUUGUUGUCAUCGGGCUUUGAAAUAGACACCCCCGACAGCUUUGGAAGAACGUGCCUCCACGCUGCCGCUGCAGGAGGUAACGUUGAAUGUAUAAAACUCUUGCAGAGCAGUGGAGCAGAUUUUAAUAAGAAGGACAAAUGUGGGAGGACACCUCUGCACUACGCAGCUGCAAAUUGUCAUUUCCACUGUAUUGAGACACUGGUGACAACAGGAGCCAACAUUAAUGAAACAGAUGACUGGGGACGCACCCCUUUGCACUAUGCUGCUGCUUCUGACAUGGACCGAAAGUGUCUAGAGUUCCUGCUUCAAAACGAUGCUAAUCCAUCCAUCCAAGACAAAGAGGGGUACAACACGGUGCACUACGCUGCUGCAUACGGGCACCGACAGUGCUUGGAACUGAUGGGAAGCAAAACUCCACUGGAUAUACUUCUGGAAAAAACCAACAAUAUGUUUGAGGAAUCCGAUUCUGCAGCUACGAAAAGUCCUUUGCAUUUAGCUGCCUAUAAUGGUCAUCACCAAGCCUUGGAAGUUCUUCUCCAGUCACUGGUAGAUCUGGACAUUAAGGAUGAGAAGGGACGCACUGCUUUGGACCUGGCCGCAUAUAAAGGACACGCGGAGUGUGUGGAAGCUCUCAUCAGCCAGGGUGCUUCUGUCACUGUAAAAGACAACGUCACCAAAAGGACUCCCCUCCACGCUUCUGUCAUCAAUGGUCACACACCAUGUCUACGGUUGUUGCUAGAAGUGGCAGACAAUCCUGAUGUGACAGAUGCCAAAGGACAAACCCCCCUAAUGCUUGCCGUGGCGUAUGGGCACAUUGAUGCCGUUUCCUUGUUACUUGAAAAAGAAGCAUCUGUAGAUGCAGCUGAUCUCCUGGGAUGCACAGCUUUACAUCGAGGGAUUAUGACUGGGCAUGAAGAGUGUGUUCAGAUGCUGUUAGAGAAAGAAGUGUCUAUUUUGUGUAAAGACUCCAGAGGCAGAACACCUCUGCACUUUGCAGCAGCUCGGGGUCACGCCACCUGGCUGAGUGAGUUACUGCAGAUGGCACUUUCGGAGGAAGACUGCAGUUUGAAAGAUAAUCAAGGUUAUACCCCAUUGCACUGGGCUUGUUACAAUGGUCAUGAAAACUGCAUAGAGGUACUAUUGGAACAAAAAUUUUUCCGCAAAUUCUAUGGUAAUAGCUUCUCUCCAUUGCACUGUGCCGUAAUUAAUGAUCAUGAAAACUGUGCAUCACUGCUUAUUGGAGCCAUAGAUGCCAGCAUUGUCAAUUGCAAAGAUGACAAAGGAAGGACUCCCCUCCAUGCAGCAGCCUUUGCUGACCACGUGGAGUGCCUGCAGCUUCUCCUCAGUCACAGCGCACAGGUGAACGCCGCCGAUCAUUCAGGGAAAACGCCUCUCAUGAUGGCAGCUCACAACGGGCACGUAGGUGCUGUAGACUUUUUGGUGAACAUCGCCAAGGCUGACCUGACAUUAAAAGAUAAGGACUUGAACACACCUUUGCACUUGGCUAGCAGUAAAGGUCAUGAAAAAUGUGCCUUGUUAAUACUUGACAAGAUACAAGAACAGAGCCUUAUUAAUGCAAAAAAUAAUGCAUUGCAGACACCUCUCCAUAUUGCUGCGCGAAAUGGGUUAAAGAUGGUGGUUGAAGAGUUGCUAGCCAAAGGAGCAUGUGUCCUAGCAGUAGAUGAAAAUGGUCAUACGCCAGCCCUGGCUUGCGCUCCUAACAAAGACGUGGCUGACUGCCUGGCACUCAUUUUGGCUACCAUGAUGCCUUUUUCUCCUUCCAGUUCAAUGACGACUUUCAACUUCGUUUGUUUUAAAAAAGACAAUUUGGGCAGGACGCAUCACUGCGAUGGCUCCAGCAUGGGUAGCAUUAACUCUUAUAGUAAGCCCUUGAGUAAUAACAUAGGAACAGAGGAUGGGUACAAUGAAAAUGAUUCUGAUUCUGAAACAUUUUGACUUUUGACAUUCAAAAUUUUUUAUUAUUAUUUAAUUUUACCUUUUUUGUCUUUUUAAAAAGCUUAAAUCCCACUGCUAUAUUCUUCAUUAUUAUUCUUGACAGAUAGGUAUUGGAAGACUUGCAGCAUUGGUAAGAUUUGCUGGAACGCAUUCCCGUUUAACGUUCUGCAGCUUUUCGGCUUCCUCAUGUUUUCUUUAGGCCCUAAGUGCCCCUGUGGAAAGUCUCUACCUCUUAUUUUAAGCAGAAAAGGAGAAAAUGCCUUUUUCUUUUUGACAGCACAAGUAAACAGGGAAUUGUCUGUAAAAAGUACUUAUAUGUUUUAGCUGUACCUUUAGUACACAAAUGUAUUUCCAAUGUAGUUUUUCAUAGAUUUCGACCAUCAACGCUUUCCUCUGUCUGUUUCCUAGUUCCAGGGGCUCUGUUAAUUAGAUAAAUUUGUUACACAAACCAAAGGUAAAGUUGUAAUCUUAAAACUGCCUGUAUUGCUUUUCUACAGGAAAUGAAAUAUUUUACAUUCUGCAUGUAUUAAGCACUUAAACAUACACAAGGCACUUUUUACAGUUCUUAGUUGCAGCUCACAGUUAGAAAAAUAUACUUAUAAAUUCUGAAGGCCAAAUGCUACUCAUCUCAACAUAUUUUCCCACAGACAUUAGUGGAAUCACUUGUGUAAAUUGAAAAUGACUUGGCCCUUUAUUUUUUUUUUCCCCCUCUCAAUUCAGCACAAACGUGUAUGGUUUAUUUGCACUACAGAAUUAGGGUCAUUAGAAGUUUCUGUCACCUGAGCCAUUAACCAUGAAUCAGAAAAAGAAAAAUCAGGUGUAGACGGAGGUAUAUCUAAAUGUUUAUGAUGACUUGCCAACUUAAAUGGAUUUUUUUUUUUCUUUCUCUACACUUAAAUUAUUUAUUCUUACUGUAAACAGUAUCAAAUUUUAAAAUACUUUUGCCAGAGUUUGGAUUAACAGAACAGAGCAAAGGUAAAACCGUGAAAGUGUAAUACCAAAAGUUGAAAGACCAAACAGCAGAAAAUAUAAAAAUAUACCAUGCAAGGGACUGGAGAUACAGGCUAAAAAAGCCUAUUGUCACCAGCUUUUUAAAGCAAUGUCAACAUUGUGAAUAUGUCUACUCCUUCUGCCAAAGUUUCUAGGUCAAAUGGACCCCGAUCCUCGUCUGCAACAGAUGUACAAAAGGAAGAAUGAGACUUUAAAAACAAAAACAAACAAACAAACAAAAAAAACAAACAAAAACCUAUCAUGAACUAACCAGCUGUACCAAGAGGACCAAAAUGCUUCAGUAACUAAAAGACUUUGCUACUUUUCUUUUUUCUUCAAAUGUGAGUGACAGAAUGAAGUAGUUUUUCUAAACCAUAAAAAUAUAAACUUUUCAGAUAAUGAAUAGUCUUGAGUGUGUUUUACCUUUUAUGACACAGGUUUCAAGUUGACAGUUUGACGUUUGUAACUGAUGAUGUGUUGACCACAAGUUUUUUUUCCCAGACUAAAGAAAAUGUUCAUAUGCUUUUAAUGUAAAUGUGUUUAUAUUUAUUUGAAAUGAAACAACUGCCCAGGAAAAAUAACCAUGGCUUGUUCUCCGUGUUAGUUUUUGUGCAUCUUGUUUGGCAUAAUGCAAAAUGAAAUGUGACUCUAGGCAAGACUGAUGGCCUGAGUGGAAAAGGAAGGGCUGAUGCACUUCAGAAGUUUGCCAAUCUUGUUGAAUGUAACUCAGAGAUAAAGUCCACAGGCUACGUUGGUCAAAAGCAGAGAGCAAAACAGCUUUCAUCACUGAAGAGCAUAAGAAAGAGAUCCAAUACUUGCUAGACAUGAGAGAGAGAACACCGUGCAGCUACUUUAAAGAGGGGGGAAAAGAUUAUAGCAUGGAGUAAAGGUGUGAAAGUUCUCCUGAUUCACAUGCUGGCUGUCUGCAGGCCUCAAUCUGUGCUGGGAGGAUGAGAAAGCAUCCUCAGUACAUAUUUUUGCCAGGGUAAAUGAAAGUAUGGAUUUUUAUUGUACUUUCAGUUUUUGGCUGUGUUCCACUGAAUUGCUAAAAGUCUGUUGGCAGAUUCCAGUUCUUUAAUUAGAAAAAAAAAAAUUAACUAUAUAUGAAGUUUAUUUUGCUUUGCUAAAAUUAAACAUUGUUUCCUUGAACUUUUAACAAAUUUCUGAAGUUUAAAUCAAAAACAUCACAAGGGAUAUAGUGUCUCUUAAGGUGAACGUUUCUUUUCCCUCAACCCUACAUUUUCUGCAGUGGAAUAACAUUUCAAAAAGAUCUCAAAAGCUCUAAACCCUAGUUUUCUCCUUGAAAUUAGUACAGAAUAAUAUUUGUAUGAUUGACUUCUCUCUAAGUGUUUUGCUUUUAAAAUUGCAGAAUAGCAAUAACCACCUUUCUUAAAGCACUGAAAAUAUGAGAUCAGUUUUUGAAGAGUGGUGUUUUCAGUGGUGUCUGUUUAGAAGUGAAUGGAAAUCCCAAAUUUUGCAUUUGUUUCUGUGUAGAAUGAUGGCAUUUAAAACAAAUACAUGGGAAAUGGCUGUCACCUAUCUAGCAGCAGGAUCAGUGUUUUAAUCUUAUUUUAACCACAGAUGCAGGUGGACUGCUUUGCAGAAUUAGUUAGAAGUCUCACCCUUCUCUACAUCCUUCUAGCCGACAUGAAAUUGCUUCAUUAGGAGAAAAGCAGUCAUAUUUACAAAGAGGAGGAUGCAUUAUUUCUAGCAGCCAUUUAAAAACCUUCAGUAUUUUUACUUACUCCCAUGCAGAGUUACUGAAAAUAUUUCUAUAUAUUUGCAGUACCAAGUAACUCUGGUAAUUGCGUAGUACAACAAUUGCUGCCUCUUAAUGAGGUGUAUAACAUUAUAGAAGCACAGGUGAUUACUGAAUUACUAUGAUUCUUCUAGAAACCAAAUCUAAACUUCUACUAUCGGUGAAACUUUUCUGUAAACUAACAAAGAUUUAAGUAUGCAGUAUUCCAGAAAUGAUAGAAUAUAAUUUGCUUUGUUAGUACCUUAAAGGCAUUGGGAAAGUCAUGUUUUGAGUAUGGUGCAUAUAGGAGGAAAACUGUCACGAGUAGGAUGCUUGGAAGUACUCAGCAUGGGCCUAUCCCAGAGCUCACGUGAGCUACCAGAAUCCCUGCACUUGUUACGGUAGUACGUUAAUCUGUAAUAUAAUUUAUCACUUGUAGAAAUAAAUUUGUAAUUUAGGACAGGUAUUUAAGCACGGGAAUAAUUUUACUCUUGUAAGUACUCACUCACCUUGCCUUUCUGUGGACUUUUUACAAGAGUAGAGUUCUUCAUACCUAAUUGUUGCACUUAACCCUGGAUCCUGCAAUUUACAGUAUGUGGACUACUUCUGUAUCUGCACCAAGCAAAGGGUAUUUUGGGAGGGGCAGCAGUCUGCCCACCCCAGUUCUACUAGCAGCAUAGUUUUACCUUGAAUUUUAACCACAGUUGCAGAUGGAAUCCAUAGCAGGAUUGGGUCCCAGAUCUCUCUCAUAAAUACUGAGUUACAACCUCCGGACUGCCUGAAAUUGCUGUGAAAUAGCUCAGGGGAUUUCUGUUCAUCGCUACUAAAAGGGCACCAUAAUGUGUUUGGUACUUUUACGCAGUAAACAACUGCCAGAUUAUUAAAUUAGAACAAACACAUAAAAUGGAUUGUUUAUCCAUUGUACUGUUGAGAAACUUGGUUAUGUAUCUUGAGGAUGAUUUUAAAAAUUUUGUGAUUUUUAUUCUUAGUCAUGUAAGAAAUAUUAGAGUGCCUUUUAUAUUUGUGUAUUCUGAAACUGUUUUGUGAAACUUGUCUUUUUUUCAUUUGAGUGUUAUAAAAGCAAUAUAUUACCAGUAAAUUUUCAUUUCAAACCUUCUUUGAAUGUAUAAAGUGUUUCUUCUUUUCAUAUGUUCUACCUGCAUUGAAAUGAAAAUUAAUAUGCUAAAUUUCUAUAGGGAUAAUGUAUAAUUUUGCAGUGCUGAAAAUGCUUUCUUAUUACACAAAAAGUAAACCUUAGAUCAGUGUUAUAGGAAGGGGCGUUUUAAACUAGUGACAAUCUGAGUGUGUGUAUAAAAUGUAAUUUUAUGCGUUUCUUAUGCAGUGAUCUACAUAUUAAAGCCAAUAUCUCAUGUUUUGUAGGUUUUGUCUUAUAUUUUAUGCUUUAGCAUGUGCAAUAUAUCUUUACAAACCAUGGUGAUAUGAAUCUGGUGCCAGUGUUAUAUUUUGCAUAACAUAUUUGUAAUAAACAAUAUAAAAUAUUGUUUGAUGGUUUCGGUGGGGUUUUGUCGGUAUUGUUUGCUUUUGUAAAUCAAAGUUUAAGGACUUCAGUAAAUGUUAUGUACAAAAUGAGGAAGAAGACUUAUUUCGGUGAAUAAUGGCUUGGAAAUCCAACCUGAAUCUUCUCAAGCACAGUUUAUUAACUUUUUUCAACUACUGAAUGCUGUAUUAAUGUAAUGAAGAACCCUAACUGUAAGCUACUAUUGAAAUGCAUUCAGAUGGUUAUUUUUACAAAUAAAAAUGGUACAAAUACUGUUGGAAAA